UUAUUAAAAAGAAAAACAGAGAAUGACGUUGUACAAUAGAGAUCACUCAUUUAUCUAUCUUUACAUUCUACAACCACCUGAAACUUUACAAUCUACAAUGAACAACAUGCUACUCAAAUCCUUAACUCUAACCCUCCAUCAUCACUCCACCACUCCUUUUCUAAGACCCUUUUACCCUUCCACUCAUCUUCCCAUUCCAUCAAAACCAACAAACCCAAUGCAUGGUAAUUCAAAACACUCUUCAAUGAAAUGUUCAAACUCUUCUUCAAAUUCUAUCCACAUGCAACCAUUCAAAAACCAUGAAUUUGAACCUGAUCCAUCACUCACAAAUGAAGAUCUUAAACCAACUACACCUUCUCAAAGAACAUUCUCAGGUCUUGAAAUAGCUUCUCUUUGGAUAGGACUAGUUGUUGGUGUUCCAUCUUACUAUCUAGCUGGUUCCUUAGUUGAUCUUGGUAUGUCAUGGUGGCAAGGAAUCUCCACAGUUGUUCUUGCCAACAUCAUUCUUUUAUUCCCACUUAUUCUUACUGGCCAUGCAGGUACAAAAUAUGGCAUAUCAUUCCCAGUUCUUGCUAGAUCCUCUUUUGGUAUUCAUGGUGCUCACAUUCCAACUCUUCUAAGAGCUUUAGUUGGUUGUGGUUGGUAUGGAAUUGAAUCAUGGAUUGGGGGUGAAGCAAUUUUCAUUUUACUACCAAAUUCACUAAAAGAAAUUACAUUUUUGUCAAAUUCUUUACCUUGGCUUGGUACUUCCCCUCUUGAAUUUUCAUGUUUUAUGGUAUUUUGGGUGGCCCAAUUGGCUAUAGUUUGGAGGGGUGUUGAUGGAAUUAGACAGCUUGAAAAAUAUUCAGCUCCAAUACUCAUUUUUCUCACUUCAUGUCUUCUUAUUUGGUCUUAUGUUAAAGCUGGUGGUUUUAAUCACAUUUUUUCUUUAUCUUCUAGGCUCACAAAUUCAGAGUUUUUAUCUGUUUUUUUCCCUUCACUUACUGCUAAUAUAAGUUUUUGGAUUACUGUGGCUCUUAAUAUUCCUGAUUUUACUAGAUAUGCAAAGAGUCAAAAAGAUCAAGUUAUAGGUCAAAUUGGGUUACCUAUUUUUAUGGGGCUAUUUACAUUUGUUGGUCUAGUUGUUACUUCAUCUACAAAAGUGAUAUUUGGUGAAGUUAUUUCAAAUCCAAUUCAACUUCUUGGUAGAAUUGGUGGAUUUACAACUAGUGUACUUGCAAUUGUUGGUAUAAGUCUUGCAACUUUAACAACUAAUAUUGCUGCUAAUGUUGUUGCACCUGCCAAUGCUCUUGUUAAUCUUAACCCUUCAUGGUUCACUUUUAGAAGAGGUGCUAUUUUAACUGCAAUACUUGGAAUUGUGUUUCAACCUUGGAGGCUUUUGAAGUCUAGUGAGAGUUUUGUUUAUACUUGGUUAGUUGGUUAUUCUGCAUUGAUGGGUCCAAUUGGAGGGAUUGUUCUAGUGGAUUAUUAUCUUGUACAAAAAAUGAAGUUGAGGGUAAGUGAUUUAUACACAAGGAGUCCUUUAGGUGCAUACUAUUAUACAAAGGGGUUUAAUGUAGCAGCAAUUGUGGCUUUAGUUGUUGGAAUUUUACCUGUUGUUCCUGGUUUCUUGCAGAAAGUUGGAAUUUUAAGUUCAAUUCCUAAUGCUUUUGUUGUGGUAUACAACAAUGCUUGGUUUAUUAGUUUCUUUUCAGCAGGGUUCUUGUAUUGGAUUUUAUUAAGUUUGAGAAGGAAACCAGGUGAAUCUGCUGUAAUAGACCCCCUUUUGCCAGAUGCAAAGUAAGUGUAAAGUAGUUAAUGGAUCCUCUCAAUUCAUGUUUAUAUGAACAUUGUAGAUUUGCAUGCAUAUGCAGAUAUGCUCAAUACACAAACUUUGCAAGACAUUUUUCUUUGGAUGAA